AUGUAAAGUACGAAAACAAUUCUACUUUUAUCCGUUCUCCUGGCAACAACCUUAUGUGCUAGAUUAGAUUUUAAUUCAAAAGAAUGCAAUAUCUUUUUGGAGAAGUUUGGUACCGCUGAUAAUGCUGAUGGAUCAGGAGCAUCCAAAAUUGCCUUUGCUGGAGAUGUCUCUUUUAUCGGAGGAACUGCAAAUGUUAAAGUCAAUGUUAGAUAUUCUGAUGUUGCUUCCUUUAAUGAUCCUAAAUAUUAUGGAUUAGUCCAACAGGAUGGAAAUACACCAGAGCAAACUUGUUUGGAUAUGAAACUAUUUAAAUAUACUUCAUCAGCCUAUGCUGACAAGAGUGAAGUAACUACACUUACUAUAGUCCCUUCCAAUAACUUUUAGAAGCAAUGGAGAUAUUAUUCUUUCACAAUUAAAGGAGAAGAAUUAAAUCAAUAUUUGGUCUAGACUACUAACUCAAACCAAUUUAUCUAUAAUGGGUACUUUGCUAUCGCCUACUAUGCAGCUGGAACAGAUCAACUUCAAUAUACCUUCUUUUUUUAAUUUUCAGUCACUAUUGACAAAGCUACUGGAAGUGCAUUGGAUACUGCCUUUAAACCUUUGAGCUAAACUUCUACUGCCUAAUGCAAUCCAGAUCAAUGCACUGCUCAUGCUGAUACAUCCCUCAAAUGGUGUAAAGAUUUAACUUGUACUGAAUUCGUUACUCCAAAUCUUCAUUUAAAUGAUUAGUUUGUUUUGUAAUAGGUAAUUAAUACCAAAGGCAUGGAGGGAUAUUACCUUGUAAAUCCUGAAGUUUGGUAUACAGGAGAAGGGCUUAACAAAAAGGCCUCUAUAGUGAGUUUCAGCAACAGUGUAAAAGGCUAAUUGACUCUUUAAUUAAAAGCUGAAAUUGCUUGGACAAAAGUAGUCAUCAAAGUUACUUCAGUACUUUCAACUACUGCCACAGGAAAUAGAAGAUUAUUGGUCUAGACUACUUAUGAUACUAUUUCUGGUGAAACUGAUGAAAUUACUUGUAUCAAAGUUGAAGGAGAAGACAGAUGCGCAACUUGUGCAGAAUAAAAGGAAGCCAACGGCUAUUCAAGUGACGCAUGCAAUGAAACAGAAGAAUCAUUGGAUUCUAAAUAGAUAUUCAUCGGGGCUCUUGUUUUAUUGGCAAUGAUUCUGUGA